CCCGCCGAUUGCAGAAUGUCAAUGUUCUUCUUUCGCUUGCAUAAUCUCCAGCGCGCCGAGGAGAACAAACGGAAGAAACGCGUCGAACAGCAGCGUCAACAGCAGCGGCAGAGGCGCGGCGCCAAGGUCUUCAAAUGUGUCAGCGAUUCCACUGGCCACCUGACUUUGGCGCCCUCCCGGCUAUUCGAACGGACCCCAAUGAGUCCAUCCGACAGUCUCGACGAGAUUGCGCUGCAGAUACCAAGAGUGCGCGUGGAGUACUAUGUGAAUGAAAACACAUUCAAAGAAAGACUGCAACUCUAUUUCAUUAAGAAUCAGCGUUCAAGCUUACGCAUACGAAUUGCCGAUUUAUUCCUUAAGUUACUGUCGUGUGUUCUCUACAUAAUACGUGUGAUAUUGGAUAAAAAUCCAACAUUUAUAACAUGCUAUGGCUGCGAAGUGGCCAAUAAGACAGAGUUUAUCAUCUCUGCCAAGCUGACGGAGGAGGAGUUCCAGGAGAAUCCAAUUAUUAACUGGGAUGCAAUACUCUGGGUGAAUCGGCCCACUGUCCUCUGGGUGCUACAAUUACUUCUAGCCAUGGUGUCGUUAACUCAAUCUUUGGUUCUAACAUAUCUAGGCUAUAAGGGCAACAUAUGGCAGCAAAUACUCUCAUUUCACUUUAUACUAGAAUUAGUAACGACAAUACCCUUUGCACUAACGAUUGUGCAUCCGCCGCUGCGCAAUCUCUUCAUUCCAAUAUUCUUAAAUUGUUGGCUGGCCAAACGUUCGCUGGAGAACAUGUUUAACGACUUGCAUCGUGCCAUGCAAAAGUCCCAAUCGGCUUUGUCACAACAGUUGACCAUUUUGUCGGCCACAUUGUUGUGUCUGGUGUUCACCAGUGUUUGUGGCAUACAGCACUUUCAGCGCGCAGGGCAUCGCCAUUUGAAUCUAUUCCAGAGCACCUACUAUGUGGUUGUGACCUUUUCCACAGUGGGCUACGGCGACUUUGUGCCGGACAUUUGGCCAUCACAGCUGUAUAUGGUCAUCAUGAUUUGUGUGGCACUCAUUGUGCUGCCCACGCAGUUUGAGCAAUUGGCCUUCACCUGGAUGGAGCGACAGAAACUGGGCGGCAGCUACUCCUCGCAUCGAGCGCAGAGCGAGAAGCAUGUGGUUGUCUGCUCGACGACGCUGCAUGCGGAUACGAUAAUGGACUUUCUGAACGAGUUCUAUGCGCACCCAUUGCUGCAGGACUUCUAUGUGGUGCUGCUCAGUCCCAUGGAGCUGGACACAACGAUGCGAAUGAUAUUGCAGGUGCCUAUUUGGGCGCAGCGCGUCAUCUACAUUCAGGGCUCCUGCCUGAAGGACGGCGACUUGGCGCGGGCGCGCAUGAACGAGGCGGAAGCCUGCUUCAUACUGGCUGCUCGCAACUAUGCGGACAAAACGGCGGCCGAUGAGCAUACCAUACUGCGGUCCUGGGCCGUCAAGGACUUUGCGCCGAAUGUGCCGCAAUAUGUACAGAUAUUCAGACCGGAGCACAAGCUGCAUGUGAAGUUCGCCGAGCACGUGGUCUGCGAGGAUGAGUUCAAGUACGCCCUGCUGGCCAACAAUUGCACCUGCCCCGGCGCCAGCACGCUAGUCACACUCCUGCUGCACACAUCACGAGGACAGGAAGGUCAACAGUCGCCGGAGGAAUGGCAUCGUCUCUAUGGCAAAUGUUCCGGCAACGAGAUCUAUCACAUUGUGCUGGGGGACAGUCGCUUCUUCGGGGAGUACGAGGGCAAAAGUUUUACCUAUGCCAGCUUUCAUUCGCAUCGCAAGUAUGGCGUCGCUUUGGUGGGCGUGCGUCCGGCCGAGCUGCCAGAAUUCUAUGAGGAUACCAUACUGCUGAACCCUGGGCCCAGGCACAUCAUGAAAAAGGAUGACACGUGCUAUUAUAUGAGCAUUACCAAGGAGGAGAAUUCGGCAUUUGUCGUUAAUCAAAAUCAAACUACGGAUACAACAACGGCAGCCGGUGGUGCUGGCAGCAGUGGUGCUGGCGCCACCACCCCCCACACACAUGCAGCAACUGCCAGCGACACACCGACGGCUGUGAUAAUAUCGGACUCCAGGCAGAAUCUAAAGGACACAACGGUGAGCACAACGCAUUUACCGACGGCGGCGGCUGCGACGACGACAACAACAAUAACAACAACAUCGCUAGUGGUAGGUGGUGGGGGUGCAGCUGGCAGCAGUGGGACGGGUGGCCAAAAUCAGGCCAGCUCCAGCUGCAGCGGCGGCGGUGGCGGCGGCCUGGGCGUCGGCCUCAACAUGGGCACCUCGCUGAGCAUCACACCUGCCGCACUGACCACCACGGGCAAUCACCUGGACGUGCCGUUCGCCAACAAUCCCAAUCUGCUCAGUCCCGAUGUGCUCAAUCAGCGUCGAGGCAGUCGUCGACCCUCCAUAUUGCCCGUGCCGGAUAUGUUUACGUCCUCAUCGUUUAGCAUAGCCGGCAACGACGACGGCGAGGAGGGGGAUGAGAGCGACGAUGAGAUUGACGAUGAGAUGCCUUGGCGUUCGCCCUCAGAGAAAAUUGCUUGCUUGGGCGGUCACUUUCCACAAUCGCGCACCUAUUCGCUCAUCAUGAGCUCCUCGGAGGACUCGUAUCAGCAGCGUGGCAGCGCGCUGGGCGGCGCCAACUGUGGCUAUUGCAAUGCCAAUGCCACCAAUGCGCCAGCAGCGCAGCCGCUGCCAGCGUCGCUGCGCCGGCGUGCCAUGAAGAAGAGCUACAGCUGCGACAGCGAGUGCGCUCCGCCGUCUGGCCAGCGGUUGGGCUCGGACAUGGGCUUGGACACGAGCCUGGGCCAGGGUCUGGCCGGUGGUCCGCUGCCAUUGUUGGCGGCGCGACGUCGCCAGUUGCAGCGCUGCUCCUGCUGCUACAGUUGCUCACGCGACAGCUGUGGCAGCAGCAGCACCACCACCGCCACCACCACCACAACGGCAGCGGCUGCUGGCUUUGGCUUUACGUCGAGCAGCUCCGCAGAGACACGUCGCUUGGCGCGUCCGGUGUGGGCGGCCGACUAUUCCGGCAUUGUCAAGGGUUUUCCGCCAGUCUCGCCCUUCAUUGGGGUCAGUCCGACGCUUUGCUACCUGCUCAAGGAGAAGAAACCGUUAUGCUGUCUGCAGCUGGCACAGGUCUGUGAGCACUGCAGCUAUCGCAAUGCCAAGGAGUACCAAUGGCAGAACAAGACCAUCAUUCUGGCUGCGGACUACGCCUCGAAUGGCAUUUACAACUUUAUCAUUCCACUGCGUGCGCAUUUCCGCUCGAAGACCUCACUGAAUCCCAUUAUAUUGCUGCUGGAGCGACGACCCGAUGUCGCCUUUCUCGACGCACUCUCCUACUUUCCACUCGUUUAUUGGAUGCUGGGCUCUAUUGAUUGCCUGGAUGAUCUGCUGCGCGCUGGCAUUACGCUGGCCGAGAGUGUUGUGGUGGUCAACAAGGAGCUCUCCAACUCCGCCGAGGAGGAUUCGCUCUCCGACUGCAAUACGAUAGUUGCUGUGCAAAAUAUGUUCAAAUUCUUUCCAAGCAUCAAGAGCAUCACGGAGCUGUCGCAGAGCUCCAAUAUGCGUUUCAUGCAGUUCCGGGCGCACGACAAGUACGCACUGCAUCUCAGCAAAAUGGAGAAGCGCGAGAAGGAGCGCGGUUCGCACAUCUCGUACAUGUUUCGUCUGCCCUUCGCCGCCGGCGCGGUCUUCAGUGCCUCCAUGCUGGACACGCUGCUCUACCAGGCAUUUGUCAAGGACUAUGUGAUUACAUUUGUGCGACUCUUGCUGGGCAUUGAUCAGGCGCCAGGCAGUGGAUUUUUGACUUCGAUGCGCAUUACGAAAGAUGACAUGUGGAUACGCACCUAUGGGCGUCUGUAUCAGAAACUCUGCUCGACCACCUGCGAAAUUCCGAUCGGUAUCUAUCGCACGCAGGACACCUCCAAUGCGGAUACUUCACAUUAUGAUGAGGAGACUGGCACGCCCGACUCCACCAAGGAUAGCACGGAAAUGCUGCGAGGUGUUACAUAUCGUCCGCCGACAGCGGGUAGUGGUGGUAGUGGUGGUAUUGGUGGUGGUGCAGGUGGUGGCGGUGGUGGCCGGCCACGCCAGAAGUCAGUGAAUUGCCUGGGCGGCUGUGCGGAGCGUAAAGGAUCAUCCUACUCCAUCAAUUUGGCGGACGAGGCACGCGAUAAUCACGCCCAGCAAAUCGAGCGGGCGGAGAUCGCCAAUCUGGUGCGCAGUCGCAUGGAGUCGCUCAAUUUGCCAACCAUCGACUACGACGAUGUCAGCGAGAAGCGCAAUCAUUUGUCCUAUGUGAUAAUCAAUCCAAGCUGUGAUCUUAAGCUGGAGGAGGGCGAUCUGAUCUAUUUGGUGCGCCCCUCACCGUUCUCGGCCCAAAAGACCUUCGAGCGUCACAAUUCGCGCCGCAAGUCGAACAUAUCGUUCUGUUCGAACAUCAAUUUGGGCGCCACCUGUGGCCCGCAAAUGCCAAAUAUGAGCAACACCGCCGUCGGAGCUGGUUCGCGACGCGGCUCCGGCAUCGCCGGUUUGAACCCCAUGCAAAUGCAGAGCGUUCAGACAUUGGCCGGGUAUGGAUCAUCGCAGCGCUGUACGCCCCCGAUGCAGCAAAUUAAAUCGAAUUCUCUUUCUCUACCCGACAGUCCGACGGUGGUUGGCUCGCAGCGCGGCAGGAGUAACUCAUUGCGGAUCGAUAACGAUAUACUAUUGCGUCGCUCGUCCUCGCUGCGGCAGGGCCUGCCCAGCGUGGGCGUCAGCCAUGGUCGUCGCAAGUCCUCGCUGGAGGAGAUCGGCAUCAGUCACUUCACCACACUGAUGCAGGCCACCAAUCACAGCAACCCCAUUAAGAUAUCACUCAAUGGCAGCAUUGGCAUGGAGAAUCAAAUCUCAUUGCAAGUGACGCCGCCCGAGGAGCCAACGCCCAUGUUGGGCGUGCCGUGUGUGCUGGGCGGCGGCGGUGUGGGCGGCAUUAAUCCGUCGGCACUUGGCGGCAGCUCUGGCGGAGGAGGCGGCGGCGGCGGCGGCGGUGGUGGCAGUGGCGGUGGCGGUGGUGGUGGCGGUGGCGGGGGCGGCAGCAGCGGCGGCAUGCUGGGCGCCGGCUCCUCGCUGGCCAUAAAUACCGCCGAUCUGGGUCCCGGGCCGAGCACCUCGUCGGGCGCCUCGCUGCAGGCGCAGGACUCGCUGCCGCAGUCGUCGCAGGCGCCGUCGCCGCAGCAUUUGCAGGGCACGAUUGUAUGAUACAACCUGAUGUGGGGUCGCCGACUCCGCUCGUCCAUGUCCAAAAACAAAUGGAUAUAGAAUUCGGCCAGCACACACAGACGUCGAGACAAGUUCUAACCGAGCAAGAACUGCCUCUGCCUAAUAUAAGGUCAAGCUGCUUAACCCUAGAAAA